AAACAUCAAAACAUAGAUAGGAACGAUAUAUGUUUUGUUGCAUUGGAUUGCAUGGAUGUCAUCAUUGCAGCAUAGGAAUUUCUUGGAAGCUCCAACUAGAGACGGCACAAGUAUAAUAGUAAUGAAAUGUUAUUGGUUGAAUGGUAGAGUAAGAGAAAGAAAGAAAGAGAGAAUGAAAGUACCUAGCCCGACUCGGAAGCAAUCUGUUGGAGAUCGUCACAUGAUAUCGCCUACUCGCCACAAUAUGUCACGUUCCGCACGGAGGAGGAAGAACAGUGGUCAUUGGUGGUUGUCAUCAAUAUCAUGGAUGAAGAAAGAGGUUGACUCAUAUGAUAUGACUCAUCAUACUCACCUCUCUUCUGAUAGUCCCUACUACAAGGGUCUUACCGAUCAAUCUCUUGCUAUUCCUCAUGAAGAAUACCAAGAGGAUGACAACAACAAUAUCUCUUCAUCACUGCGACCUAUCCUCCUUUCAUCAUCCCCCCACAGUAGUCCUUACUACAAAGGUCUUACCGAUUAUUCUCUUGUCAUUGAUGCCUCUUGGGCCACUCCUCAUCCCCACCCCCAUCAUAACUCAUCCCUUUCUUGUUAUCACGACUCAAGUCCAUACUAUAGGGGUCUUAUUGCUCUUCCUGUUCCCACUUCCCCCUCCUCUCUCUUCUCCCUCAACAUCAAUUUCAAUACCACCCCCACCACCCAACCACCAACUCAUGAUUUUGUUGUCUUUUUAAGUCCAGAAGAUCAAUCACUCAUGGUAACAGAACCAGAAGCAACUUUGGAGGAGGCGAUGGUGUUGAUCCAUCCCGAUAUCCAAGGGAAGCCUUUGAGGGUUAACAAUCCGUCAUCAUCACAAGCAACUUUGGAGAAGAUGGACGACGGUAGUGACGAUGUUGAAGGCGGGAAGCCUUUGAGGGUUAAUUAUGAAUCAGAAACUAUUCCAGAGAAAACAAUUUUGUGUGACGAUGUUGUGUUGUUGGUUGAAGAGCAUAAGAGAAAGCCUUUGAGGGAGAGAGUAACAUCAAAUUCGGAGACAGUAUUGUCACAACAAGAAAAUGCUGACAAAACAGAUUUGGGUAUGGAGGAGGAGAUGGAAUUGGUGAUGAUUGAACAAGAGAAGCCAUUGAGAGAGAGUCGUGCGUCACAAGUUGGGAAUGAGAAUGUACUAAUAAAUACAGAGACAACAGGUUUGAAAGAGGAACUCAGAGACUUUUGGUUGGGUGGUCAAAAGACUGCUUCUGAACAAACAGUGUCAAUGGAAUUACCUUGUGAGCAUAAGUCGAUGAACACGGCUGUGGAAGGAAAUAUGUAUGAGUAUCUGUGGGCAACCAAAUACCAGCCCAAGAUAUUGGCAGACUUCAUCUGCAACAGAGAUAAAGCACUUCAGCUGAAAGCAUUGGUUAAAGGUGGGUGUGGCUGUAAUCAUUUUAUAUUUGAAGGACCCCCAAAUGUAGGAAAGAGAUCCAUGAUACGGGCUAUGCUUCGGGAGGUAUUUGGCGCUGACGGAGUGCAGGUCACAGAAGAAUAUAAAGACUUCAACUUGAAGGGAGAAAUGGUCGAAAAUCUCAAACUGCGUGUGCAGAAAUCACUCCAUCAUGUUGAGGUAAAUCUCUCAGAAGCAAAGGGAUAUGAAAAGAAUGUGAUUGUUGAGUUAUUCAAGGAAACAUAUGGUAAGGUGAUCAAUAGUUCACUGCCUUGUAGCCCAGAAAACUGUCAAGCAAUAAUUUUGUAUGAGGCGGAGAAGCUAUCGUUAGAAUCGGUGUUGUAUAUAAAGUGGCUGGUAGAAAAGUAUAAAGGGUGUAAUAAGCUGUUCUUUUGUUGCUCUGAUGAAUCAAGGCUACAACCAAUCCAAUCAUAUUGCACCACGGUCCGCCUCUCAUCACCAUCAACCCAACAGAUUGUCAAGAUUUUGGAAUAUAUUGUACAAGAAGAAGGAAUAAAAUUAUCACACGAGUCAAUCAAGAGUAUAGUUUUAAGGUCCAAAAACAAUCUCCGUCAAGCCAUUCGUUCAUUGGAGGCCACUUACCGAAACAAGAAUGCCCUCAACGACGAUGAUUUAGUUUUAACUGGAUGGGAGGAUGAUAUUUUGAAUAUUGCUAGAAAUAUAAUCACAGAGCAGAGUCCUAGACAGUUGUACGCCAUUCGAAAAAAGCUUCAAAGUCUUAUGAUUCAUGAUGUUCCUCCUGACUUUAUUUACAAGUCUUUGGUUGCAAACUUGACCAGUCUAGUUGAUGACUCGCUAUGCUCAGGGGUUACCAAACUUGGCAAGGACUACACUAAAGGUGGUGCAAUCAAAUUUGAAGGCGUGAAGCAUUAUGCUCAAAACAAACAAGGAGGAUCUGAUGAAAAGAACAAUAAACUAACAAAAAAGAAUGCAAUGAACUACUUAAAAGUUGAAGAAUUUAUAGCAAAAUUCAUGAGCUGGUACAAGAAUUCGUGUAAAAGUAAUGAUCAUGUGUAACUUAUUGCUGGAAUGGAGCAUAGAUAAGUGGUUGUUCUUGAAGCCAUUCUGACUACGUUAUCUUUAUUAUACAGACAUGUCUCAAAUAUGAAGCUACUUUGCUGGAUAUUUUGUGUUUUUGAAACAGUCAAAUAAGUUGUAUGGGCAUAUUAUACACUGCCAGCUGAUGUUCUGAA